AUGGCAAACGCUGUAAAGGUCAAAAAAUCUACAAUCACUUGCUACAUUUUACGUGUAUGUGGUGUUUUAGUUUGCUAUUUGCCAAUAUCUUGUGUUGUUUUUGCCAAGACCAAAGGUAAAAUGGCUUUGUUUUCUCAUUUAUGGUAUUUCACAUUGACUCGGCUUGUGUAUUGACACAAUACUUACAAAAUCGCUGAUAAGAGCGCGUCUAUACUUAUAACUAACCAAAUCCUUCACCCUUUCAAGCAAUCGGCUUUAGCUAUCCCUAUGAUCAAACACGUUUUAAAAAUGACUGAAACUCAUGAGGUGAAAUCGCAUUUGAAAAGCGCUUCGUUUUCUAUAGAUGAGGGCCGAACAUCAAGAUUGUCCAGUUAUUAUCGUAUUUCUAACCAUAAAACCUCCAUCCCAAAAUGACCAAAAUAUCUCGCUAACGCACUCACUUAUUUAUUUAUUCCAAAUUACGGAAGAGGACAAGCUAGGUCGCUCAGCCAUGCGACAAUUUAAGGAACUGAAAGUGAACCACAUUCUGAACUAUUGGAGACCGAUCAGGUAACUUACCAAAGGCAAGAGUGUCUGCUUGUCAAAAGACGUCAACAGUUCUUUAAAGGAGCAGUCUAUACAAUGGUAGAAGAAGCUAAAGACGCGUUUUUAACAUCCUACAGAAUGGUAGGAACUGGGGACUUUUAUUCAACUCUCGUCGCCAACUGCUUCUUCAACGCUUUCUUGCUUUUCACAGCCUUGGUUUUAAACGUAAUAACAAUACAAGCCCUAAGAAAAAUAUCAUCGUUUCCAAAGCCUUUAAAAACAUUACUCCUAAGUCUCGCUGUUUCUGAUCUUGGUGUUGGUUUGCUUGUCCAGCCUCUCUAUAUUGCACAUCUUAUAAUGAACAAAGAACAGAGCGCUAACAGAAGACUCUAUUAUACGGUAUACACAGUGCAGCGCCUUUUCGGCAAUUUACUGUGUGCUGCUUCAUUCUUCGGCAUCAUUGCUUUAACUGUCGACAGAUUCUUAGCCAUUCAUCUUCAUCUCAGAUACCAGGAACUUGUGACUCACAGGCGUGUUGUUACUGUAGUAAUUUCUGUCUGGGUGUGGUCUUCAUGUUUGUCCUUAUUUGUGUUGAACAGUGUUUUAGAAAACGUUCAGGCCAUUAUAAAUGCAACUAUUGGGGCAGUUUGUCUCACUACAACGGGAUUAAUUUACUGCAAGAUAUAUUCAGUUGUACGUCACCACACAAAUCAGAUUCACGCCCUGCAAUUGCAACCCGUAGGACAGAAUCAGAAUGGAGAAUUGGCAAAUGCUGCAAGACUGAAAAAAACUGCACUUGCUACAUUUUACGUGUAUGUGGUGUUUGUGGUUUGUUUUUUGCCUUUCAUAUGCGUUAAAACAGCUUAUCGAAUUUAUGGUGAGUCCGAGUUGCGGUUGCAUCUGCUUUAUUAUUCGAGUACACUUAUGUUUCUUAAUUCAUCUCUCAAUCCUUUAAUCUACUGCUGGAAGAUGCGAAACAUUCGACAAGCUGUGAUCAGUGUACUUCGCAAUAUCUUUCAAGGUCAGUAA